AUCAGAUCUAGACAAACGGAUGUCAGAUUCGUGAUCUAGGUGACAAGGACUUUCGUAAUAUGACAUUUUUAGAGUGCGUUAAAAAUGGUCAUUUUGGAUCACCCCCUUUUCUAUUUUAUUUAUUUACAAAUAAAACAAAAUUUCAGGUGAACAAAUCUUAAAUCCAUUUCAAUGUUCAUAUCGUGGUCGUGUUCUUUAUCAUUAUCCGAAUGACGUAUUAAAUAAUCCGUUUGAUGAAGAUGCUAUUAGUCGAUUAUCAAUGCCAGAUGGUGUUUCUAUUCGAUUAAAUUCUCCUGAUCCACCAACAACACAUCCUUUUUUAAUAACACGUCUUGAUGGAACACGUUAUUAUGGUGUUGCAUUAACAUUUUAUGAACAAUUAGAUAAUAAUAAUGAUGAUGAAAUCUAUACAGAAAAUUCAUCUUCAACAGCAUUUAUUUCUUUAAAUCGUUUAAUUGAAAAUUAUAAUCGAACAAGUCGACAUCAACAACGUCGAUCAUCAUCAUUAAUAAUUUAUGCAAGCAAAGUUAUUUGUUUAAUUGGUCCAUUAGCUCAUUAUUCAACAUUUAAACGUAUUUUAGAACUUCUUUAUCGUAUGACAAUUGAACAUGAUCUAUUAGGUUUACCAUUUGAAGCACAUUUAUAUAAUAUAUUACAUGAAUUACAUAUACCAUCUCCAUCAUUAUCACAUUCAGUUUUAAAAUUUAAUGUAGGUGAAAGACAAUUAACUGUUUGGCAACCAAGUAUAAAUGAUGAUGAUUUACCGUUAUUAGAUUUUAAUUUAUUAGAAUUUUUUUCAUUAUUGGGUGUUGAAGGUGUUAUUGAUCUUGUUACAUGUGCAUUAUUAGAACAUCAAAUUAUUCUUAAAUCUUCAGAUUAUACUCGUUUAAUGCUUGUUGCUGAAUGUUUAACAGCAUUAUUAUUUCCAUUUCAAUGGACACUUCUCUAUGUUCCAAUUGUAUUUACUGCUGCACUUGUUUGUCUUGAUGUACCAGUUCCGGCAAUAAUGGGUCUCCGUAUAAAUAAAUCAAAUGCAAAUAAAGAUAAUGAUAAUGAUGGUGAUGAUAAUGCUGAUGAUGAUGAUGAUGAUGGUUAUAGUGAUACAAGUGAUGAUGCAAAUUUUGAAGUUCAACGAUGUGUUGUUCAUAUUGAUACUGGACGUAUUCAAUUACCUGAUGAUAUGCCACGUUUUCCUGAUCGUUCUUGUUUCCGUAGUGAAUUACAUGAUAUUUUAUCACGAUUUGAUAAUUAUUUUAAUCGUGAUUUAACAACUGUAGAUUAUUUAAAAAAACAACGAAGAAUUCAAGGUAGUGAAGAUUGGACACAUGUUGAUAAUCAACAAAUAAAAAAUGAAUCAAAAGAUGAACCAAGUCAAGCAUUAACAAGAUUAUCUGCUAUAGCUAAACGUGCUGGAAUUGUUCUUAAUAAUAAUGAAGAUGAUAAUAGUAAUGAACCAUUAUGUUUAUUUAAUGAAUUUGAAAUUAAUCAAAUCUCAGCAAAUAAUUGUUUACGUUCAUCAUUUGUAAAUCGUUUUGCUCAAUUAUUUAGUCAAAUGGAUGCAUUUAUAUGUUAUCCACCAUCAGGAAAAUAUGCUAAUAUUGAUCAAUGGUUAGCACAACGAAGUACAACAAAAAAUUUUGAUCGUACAAUGUUUAUUGCUGAUCAACCUAAACCACAUGUGCCAUUUUUACUUGCCUUUAUGGAAACACAAUCAUUUGUUUCAUUUGUUGAUAGUAAAAUUGCUGCAAGAUUCAAUGAAGAUAAUCUAUGUUUUGGUUUAACACAUAAACAUUUACAAUUUUUUUCUGAUCGUAUUCGUUUAUAUCGUGAUCGUCGUGAUUUAACUUAUCAACCAUGUACAUCGAUUGAUUUAAUUGAUAAUAGAACACGUCUUCGUUUUACUUCACCAUUUCCAUCAUCAUUAAUUAUAGUAAAUGCAUCUAUAGUUCGUCCAUUGAAUACUUCAAUAUCAACAUCGAAUAAUUGUUAUCUAUUUGAAAAUCUUAAUGGAAAUAUACUUGAAUCAUCAUCAUCCGUAGCAGUAAAUAUAUCUUCGCCAUUAUCUAGUGGAAUUUCUAAGAGAAAUUCACGUUUAACUCGAUCAUUUCAAAGUAAACAUACACCAAGACGUGUUACAAGAAUUAAAAAACAACAGACACUUGCAACAGGCGAACAUCAACAACCAGUUGUUCUUGUUGAAAAUGAAGUUGUCUUUCAACAAUUACUUAAAGAAUGUACUACGAAAACAAAACGAAUGGUUAUUGAAAAAAUGGAAGAUAUUGUUGAAGGUUCAUCACCAAUAAAAAAUAAUGAGUCAACAUCAAUGGUUAAUUUAGAAGAAAAUGUCUUAAUAGCUGGUUUCUGUGAUUUACUUGAACGUAUUUGGUCACAUGGACUUCAUCAUAGACCAAGUGGAAAAUCUGCAUUAUGGAAUCAUAUUAAAUGUUAUGUUAAACUUAAAAAUUAUGAAUCAGCACAAAUAUCUCAUGGUGGACUUCCGGUAAAUUAUACAAAAGAUGAAAAUCCAGCAUUAGUUUGGUGUUUAAUGAGAAAACAAUUAGUAAAUCGUAGUGUAUCAGCGACACGAUCAGAAUCUCCCGGUGGUCAUCGUUCUCAUACUCUUCCACGUCCUCAAAUGAGUCAACAUCAACCACGUUCAUCACCUAUAUUAUCAAUGACAAAUUCAACAUUAAGUCUUCUUCCAUCCGAUAAUCUAAUGAAAAAUCAUCCAUCCAGUACAUCAUUACUUUAUGAUUUUCGUUCCAUUGAAUUAUGUUUUGGACACAAUCCAGUGUCUCUCUCAGCAUCUGAAAUAGGUUUUGCACGUGCAUUUGUUCGCUUAGCACUUGAACGUCGUCUUCUAUCGCGCCAUUUAUCUGAAUUAUUCUCUCAUAGUGAUCUAUUACAAGCCUUAUAUAAACGUGAUGCAUUUUUACGUGCAGACGAUGGAGAUCUACGAAAACAAUUUUUAGCACAUGUUGAAUCUCUUCAAUUACUUGAUUAUAAAUGUUUUUCAAAUUCAUAUGCAGACAUUGAUAUUAUUUAUCACGUUACCAUUGUUCCAACUCGAGCACGAACAACAGGAAUCUCUAGUACAACAACGGCUAAUCCAUAUAUUGCUGUAGCUGGAAUUUUGGGAUCAACAAAAGUUAUACCUUUACCAUCAAAGAAUACACCUGAAGUUAAAUUUAAACAUAAAAAUUUAGGUCAAUUAACAACACUUCGAAUAGGACAUGAUAAUACUGGUUUAAUGCCUCGAUGGAAUCUUGAUCAUGUUCUUGUUCGAAAUCAAUUAACUAAUAAUGUCUAUCGAUUUCCAUGUGGACGAUGGUUAGGUAAAGGUGUAGAUGAUGAUAGUUUGGAACGACUUCUUUUUGUUGAUACAACGGGUUCAUUUGAAAUGAAUGACAAUCCUACGAAUGGAACGUUUGAAUCAGGAUCACCAUCUCAAUUAAUGACAACAAGUAUGAUCAGUGGUGGAUCUCAAUUGAAUCUCUCAGUUGCAGGACGAUCUCGAUCACCUAGUUUACGACGCGCCAAUGAUCAAAAAAAUCCAUCAAAUCAACAAGCUGAUGAUAUCUAUGAAUUAUUAGGUCGAUCUAUUAAUCAACUUGUGAAAUAUUUUGAUGACCCUGAAAAGAAAAGAGGAUUAAUAACACCAAUAUUAUGUGGUGAAGAUGGUCUUGUUAAUGCAUUAGAAAAAACUCUUUCUUAUGGUCUCAAGAAACCCACUAGUAAUUUAUCAUUUUUUGGUGGUGGACGAAAACGUUAUGUGUGGGACUUUUUAAUUAAAGUAUGUGAUGAAUAUGAUGCCCGUCGAUCUCAAUGGCAACGUUCGGAAAGGGAAAAAGCUAUUAUAUGUUAUAUAAAUGGUGUUCGAUCUAUUGAAAAAGCUCUUGCUACAUUUGGUAAAGAUGGUCGAUUUCAAAGUUGGUGCUGUUUCGCGUGCAAACUUCAUUUGUUAUCAGAUUGGUUUCGAUUAUUAAGUCAAUGUAGUGAUGCAUGUCUAACACAAUUUUAUGAUCCAUUAAAUAAUUGCUUUCGUCAAAAGAAACUAAAUCAAUUUAUUAACAAUAUUUUAGAGCCUGUUAAAGAUUUCGAUUUUGCUCAUUUGGAACCAGCAUUACUUAAAGGUCUUGCUGGUGUUUAA